AACUGAAAACAAAUUAUUCCUAAAUCAGUCAAUAACUCCUUUACUUUCCAGAUGAUCAAUAAACAAUAGUAAAACAUCAAUUAAAUUUAAUAAGAAUAAAUACUUUUCAAAAAAUUGGUUAUCCCAUAAUAUAUGAGUCUAAAUCAUUUCUUGAUUUCCCAGAAUUGUCUGACCGUCUGCCCAAUGCCACCACAAUGAUGGUUAUAAUACAAGAGUCCUCCAAGAGUAGCAGCCGAAAUGAGAUACAACAAGCCAAGACUUAUUUUUGGUAAUGCUGCUCCAAACAGAAUAGGUCUAAUGUAAUCAACUACACAAGCCUCUAAACCCCUAAAAAUAUAUAUGAUAUAUGACAAUGAAGAUCACAAUAAUACAAUGUCCCUAACAAUAAUCUAGUUUCAACUUCCUUACCAAUGGAAAUGCACAACUGUUAGAACAGCAAACAUAUCAUCAAGGACAACAUUAGGUGUCAAAAAAGUUGCAGGGACAACUCCCAGAAGAAUUACUGAAACUGCUUUCUCAAUGGGCCACAAUUUGCUGUGAUCCCCAGACAUGGAUCUUUUUACUAUAGGCAGGUUUAUUUUUCUGUACAGGGGAGAUAUCACUUUGCUUUUAUCAAGUAAUUGUGAAAAGGUUUUCCUGGAGUCCACUAUUAUUGUGGAUUUUAUAAUACUGGACAUCCCUGAAACAUAAUGUUAUGUAAUAUUCUAUUAUUUUAAAGUACAUAAACCCUUCCAUACCAUUCGUCCUAGCUGCAUUUCUAAGUAUCAGAGACAAAGCCAUUAUCGGAAUCUGCAAUUAAUUGAGAAGUGCACUCAAAUAUUUUUACAAAAAUCUCUUGGUGGGAUUCUCAAAGAAUUUUUCAAUUUUUAAUUUUUUGUAUUCGGAAUGUCACGUCAAAUUAGUGAACCUAUCACCUAUCACAGUGUCACUCUUGUCAAGUUGUCACUACUGUCACCUGAGAUUCAUCAUCUUCUUCUGAAUUUCUUUGCCUCUCAGGCUGGACAUCCAGCCUGUUCUUCCUGUUUUUAACUUGAGGUCUUAUUAUUAAAUGAAACGGGCAAAGGCCCGACGCUUCGAUGGUGAAGCCGAGAGCUGAGCGAAGAUGGAAGAAGAAUACGGUUAGGGUGAGAUGUCAAAUCAAAUCCUAACCUGAAAAACUGUGACAAAAUUCAACUUUAAAAACUCGAAACAUUUUCCUAUUUCAGCGUGACGAUAAAGUGAUGUCCUAAUAAUAAUGGAACGCGCUGAAAUCGAGGAAGAGCCGCUUAUUUUCAGGAAGGUCCUGAAUUGGGCCCUUCUCAAUUGGUCCCUUGACGAUUGGAAGACUGUUUUGUCGGAUGAGAAAAUGUCAUUUCGCUCCGGUGUAUUACAGAAGACAUCAGAGCCCCAAUGGGAAAGAACCACCGAGUCCUUUGACGAAAAUUUCGAAUUCUUUUUGAAACACUCUCAGCAAGGAGAUCAUCCAAAGUGGCUCUACUUUGAUUACAAAUACAUGAAAGAUUGCUCCCCGAACUUGGACAAGCUGAGAAAUGAAAUUAAUUGGAAGUCUCUGGGUUUGGCUGAUGUAGGAGCUGAUGAUAGUACAAUAUGGAUUGGGUCUAAAGGGGCUCAUACACCCUGUCACAUGGAUACCUAUGGGUAUAAUGUGGUUUGUCAAUUGUAUGGCAGGAAAUUAUGGCUUCUGUUUCCUCCCAAUGAAAAUCUACAGCCUACCAGAAUACCAUAUGAAGAAUCCAGUAUCUAUUCCAAAUUAAAUUUUUUCAGUCCUGAUUGUAAUGAUUUCAGAUAUUUCAGAGAAAUUACUACAUGCAAAAAAAUUAUAUUGGAACCUGGAGAUGUUUUGAGAGUGCCAAAUAAAUGGUGGCACUAUGUAGAGAAUUUAGAAACAAGUAUUUCUCUCAAUGUAUGGCUACCAAAGCCUCAAGAUGAUGAAGAGAGAUUGAAAGAAUCCAUUGUACAAUUUCUUGUGAAGCAGUUAUCUGAUAUUGAGGAAAGCAAACAGAUUUUGAAUCCAAACAUGGAAGAUGUGAGCAAUAAUUACAUUAAAAUGUCUCAUAGAUCAAAAACGUUAAAAUUAUACUGGGUGAUUUUGUCAAACAGUUCUCGAUCUAUCUUAGACAUAGUAAAACAAACAUUCACUGUAUGUCAAAACAGAACUUCCAAAAGUACUCAUAAAAGACAGAGAACGGAAAGUAUUGAUGUGAAUUCUGGUGAAAAUCUACUUUUGUCUAAGGAAGAUGGAACUCCAUACGAAUUCGAAUUGAUUCCUACAUUACCGAAACAGGAAUUUUAUUUAUUCAUGCACCAGCAAAAUGAUAAAUUUGCUGGUAGUAAUAUUGAUGGGGAAAAUACUAGUACUUUGUCAGCUAGUACCAGUAUCAAUUCGAAACUUCUCAAUGCCCUUACGCAUCCCGAAGUAAUAGAACUUAUAAAGGACAAACUUUUGAAUGAAUAACAGUUUUCUAUUUUUCUUCAGAG